GCCGUUUCGGCAGUUCGUUCGUACGUUGGCACGUUCGUUAUUGGUUCAACAUAUCUCGAUCGUUUGUUUGUUUUAUCGCUGGCCGGUGGCGUAAAAAUACGUUUUGUCUUCGUCAAAAGGCAAGUGGCGCGAGUUGGAAUUGCUUUAUGUUAACGCGAAAAAGAAAUGUUUUCAUGAAAUUUGUUCAAGUGAAUGCUUACUGUUCAAUGUUGUUUGUGUGUAAUGCUUAGUUGUUGUAAAGACACAGAAUUAUUAUUGUUUUGUUUGUUUGUGUGUUUUGAAGCGAACAAGUAUUUUGUUGCAAGUAAAUAAAAAUUCAAAAAAAAAAUAUUUAAAAAAAAUGUUUUAAAUUUUAUGAGUUUGUAGCUUUAAAUAUUAUUGAAAAUUACAUUAAAUACGAAUAAUUUUAUAAAUAUUUGUUGCCUCGUGCCUGUGCUUUGCAUUUAAUUUGCAACAAUUUGCGAAAUAUUUUUCGAAUUCUACCAGAGCUAAUUAAUUGCCACGUAUACGAUGUACAUGCAACACAGUUAGAUGCAGUGCAAGCAAGGAGUUUAAAUAAAGUGUUGUGCCACAAAAAACAACAAAAAUUUAGUUUGGCGUUCACUAAACCAGUUAAAUAUUCGAAAUUAAAUAAGUGUUUGAGCAAAGUGUUUAUUGGCAAUGCAUAUGCAUGAGUGUGUGUGCGUGCAAAUACAUAAAUAUUGGUUAAAGUAUAUACAAAAGUCACAGCUCAACGCACACUUGCCACAAUGAAGUGCGCAAAUUCUUAGCAAAAUGCAAAUUUAAGUUAUACAUUGUUAUUGUUGCUGCGUUUCUACGGAAAUAAAUAAUAAAAUAAAGAGUAAAGUAAUUGACUAAAAGUGCCUAGUGUAUAUGUAGUGUAUCUGUGUAUAUGUCUGAAAGUAUUGUUUGCAUUUCUUAAUAAAACCAAAAAUUCAAGUGCAUAAAGGUAAACAACAACAACCACAAAAAAAAAAUAUCAGCAACAUCAGUGCUUUAACAACAACAACAAAAUAAGAAAUCAUAAAUUCCGCAUGCAAACAAAUGCGUUGAAAGUAGUGGAAUAACGAAUUUUAGGCCGGAAGCGGUGGCUAACGGAAAUUUGCUGAACUGCAGUGCGGAAAUCAGUGAAAAGGUAUGCAUUCCCUACAUUGAUGUAGUAAAUUUAAUAUUAAUGGAGCAGAUAAUCUAAGAUCCCAGCGGCAACAGCUGUAGCACUUAAUCAUAGACUAAGACAACAAAAAAAGGCGAAGCGACUUCGAGCCGCCAACUGCCAAGCGUCAACCAGUGACAGCUACUGCCAAAGUAAUCCGCUUGGCAACAGCUGUCACCACUCAGCUCAGUACGGAAAAUGUUUCCCCGCCUGCCCGGUCCAAUUGGAGCGGAUAUCUUUCUCGGUGCCACCACCACUGUGCGCACUGUGUUCCCGAACUCGCGACUAGAUUCGCUAUCCGGCAACAGCGGUGGCGGCGGCAACAGUGCACAAAAUGAGCAUCAUCACACGCAUCACCAACAGUCUCACGAUGGCACCGUCACCCCAGCGCCCGCUUUCGGCAAUCAGCUGCAAUCGCCGAGCAACGCCAAUGAUUUCGCUGCGACGAUGGAUGCUGACAGUGGCGGCGGUGGCGUCGGCGGCGACAGCAGUAGUUUCAGUCCACUAGCUGCUGCGGAUGCGGCGAGUAAUAAUUACCUGCCCGAAGACGAUGCAGAUUGGUGGUCGAAUGCCAUCGAAGAGGACACUUUCGACUCGCCGCUCGCGUUCGAUAGCAGCGAGAAUGGUUUGUGGAAUGGGCGUUUUGUACCGCCACCACCACGCCCACCAUUCCUGGAUGACGGCGUCGCAGCGGACGGACUUACCACCUGUGAUUUAUGUACGUGGGCAUGGCAGCGCAAUGCCUACUCGCUAGAUGGAUCGAUUGAUCAUGCCGGCGAACUCGGUUGGGCGUUCACCUUAAUCAUAGUUUCAAUCAUAUCAGCUCUUAUAGGUGCUAUUGUAAUGGUCAUAGUUCUAAGGUGUAGAAGAAUAAAAUCAGCUAACGGUAAUGCUGGUCGCACACAACCCUGGUGGUGUCGCAACAAUCGCAACGGCGGCUCGAAUGGUCGUUCCACACUAUCCAUCAAACAUCCCGCCGACAGCAUACGAAGACGUCCGAAUAGUAAUUCUGGAGUUUGGUCAUGGAGUCGUCGUUCAUCGGCUAGUCCAGAUCAAAUUGGACCACCGUCAUCGUCGCCCGCCGAGAAUCAUUACACGCACAUGGAUGAUGCUUACAGUCCAGUUAAUGAGGCAUUGUAUGCAGAAUUGGAUCGCGAAUCGGUACGUUCGGCAAAUCCGUCAUAUCAAAAUACGGCCUACAGUCAGUGUGGUGAGAAAUACAACUUCCAACAACACGAACAGGACAUUCCGAUGGUGGUGUCAUCCGCGCCCAGCAGCGCCUAUUACUCCGACCUCUCGGUAACCGCCGUGCCAGGCGGCGGUAAUGAGCGCGCCUACGAAAUCGUUGGCUUAACGGUCAUGUCACAACCCCUUCCCAACUGGGAAGGCGGCAGCAGCGCCGGUGUGCCCGUCGGCGGCGUUUUGGCUAUGGGUGGUGGCGGCACAUUGGGUGGCCUCGGCAGCGGCGGACCGAAUGAAGCUUCGCAGCGACGCAUACCACGCUUGGCGGCCAUCAAUGAGACAAGCACCAGUACCGUCGCGGCAUCAGUGCCCUCGGAUUAUGUAUGAGAUCAGGUGGAUGAGCGGCAGUGCGAGGAGGGUGUAUAGCGAUUUUAAACAGCAUUUAACUGGAAUUAUUACGAACAUACACUUGCAGAAAUUUAUACUUUACAGGUGUUAGUUGUUAAGACGGGCAGUGGGGGUAGGUUAUUUGGAGCGGGAGUGUAGUAGUGUAAACAAAAGUUGUUUCGAAAAAAAAUACGAAAGAGGAAAUUCAACGAGCUUAUAUUUGUUAGUAAAUAAUUUAUUGUGAAUUAUUCAAAACUGUUGAGACAGUGAGAUUCUUGAAAGCAUAAAGCGCUAUUUAUAUAUAGAUUUUAUGUUAGUUUAACAUUUACAUAUAUACAGUAUACAUAGUAUGUGUAUUUAACGUAUAAAGUAAGAAGCUAAGUGCUUACGAUUAUCAAAAAAAUUACCAGAAUUACUAUAUUAUGGUAUGAUAUGGAAGUUAAAAUAAAUAAAAACAAAAUAAAUUAUUUGUAAUUAUUCGAUUGUAAUUGAGUUAGUAUGUAAGUCUGUUAAGAUUUAACGAUUUAAUCGUUGGUGAUAUUUAGCCUAAAUAUUUAGUGUGGCGUUCAAAUAUGAAAGUAAACUUUGUAUACGUUUAGAAAAACACACACACACACACACACACACAUGCGUACAUAAAUAUGUUUUAGACUUAGUGACAGCAAGCUAUGUAUACAAUUUGAAAAUAAGAAAAUAAAGUAGAAUAAAAAAAAAUAUAUUUAAAAAGCUAACAGAGUUAAAACAUAAUUAGAGACAUAUUGAAAUCCUUAAAGGAGCAUAUUAGCAUAAUGUAUACUUAGCUGUUAAGCGUGAAUGUAUGUAAAAUGUACAUAUAUAUGUUAAACUUAGUUUGUGUAUGUACAUAUAAAGUUAUUUUAAUGGAAGAAAAAAUCACAUAUUUAUAUAAUGUAAGUGUUUCCGUAUUGACUGAGCCUAUUUACUUGCAUAUGUCUUUUAACUACUUGUACUAUUAACACAAUAACACGUAAACCAAUAACAAUGACCUUGCCUAAAUAAUGCAUAUUGCAUACAUACAUACAUACAUUAUUUUUACAUGCAUACGUAUACAUACAAGUACAUACAUAUAAUUAUUUACAACUUAAUUGUUAUAGAAAAUAUACAUUCAAUAUUUACAAGCUGCUGAUUUCAAAGAAUAU